AUGACCACCUCUACUCAAAAUCAGGCUAAGAAGAGAAAAACGUCAAAGAAAAACACCUCUAGGCCUUUUUGGAAUGAGGAUGCAGCUCACCAUUCCAAACAAUGGAGCCUCAAUACGAUGUUACCAAUGGCGGCUAAAAAACUUAGUCAGAAGAUCAACUCUGACUCGUGGNUCAAACAUCCACAGACGCCAAUUAUCAACCACUCAUUGAAGUUGCCGCUUAGCAGUGCUGUCAAAGAAGAGAUUACCAGGGCUCGCAACAUUAGGAUCUAUCCGACUAAUAUCCAGAAAGAAACGUUGAAGAAGUGGUUUAGAUGCCAGCGUUACAUCUACAAUAAAGCGCUGAAGAUGCACAAUGACGGGAUGUUGAUGAAUAUUAAAAUUCUGCGUGAGAAACUAUUGAAUAAGAAGACAAGUGUUUUUGAGCCCGAAGAACAAUGGCUUUCCGAGUAUCAUUAUGAUUUGAUCAAAAACUACAUUAGUAAUAUGGCAAAGUUCAAGAAGACGAGGGCGCCUUUUAAAUUGAAGUUCAAGACAAAGAAGGCACCGGUUCAAACUCUUUCAGUGCUGAAAAAAUACUGGAACAAGGGGGAAAAGACGUUUUACAGCGACAUAUACUCAUUCUCUAGCAUGCGUGGCGCAGAGCCACUUCCAGAGGAAUUACCACGAGAUUCCAGGCUCCAAAAGACUAGGAACAACCUUGUUGUUCCUAUGGCUGGUGAGCAAAUAGCCAGGAAAAGCCCCGCAGAAGAGUUUAUAUUUAUUGAUCCCGGGGUGAGAACUUUCAUGACAGGUUACGACUCUAAUCAGAAUGUAGUCGAGAUUGGCAAGGACGCGGUUGUACGCAUCGAAAAACUCAAGCGCCGACGACGGCAAUUGCAGUCAAAAUUGGCCAAGCUCAGGAAGCACAAGAAGAGCCAGAAUCAUCGGAAAGCCUUACACAGGCUGGAUGGAAGGAUUUCGCAUAUUGUUCAGGAUAUGCAUAAGAAAUCUGCCCUCUUCUUGUGCAAGUCUUAUGACAAUAUUUUUCUUCCAAAGUUGAAUUACCAUGAAUGCACCAAGCUGACACGAAAAUCAAGGUCCAAUAUGGCGACCCUCGCUCACUGCUCCUUCCAUGAUCGCUUGACGAUGAAGGCAGAGCAGCUCCGUGGUGCUAGUGUUCAUGAGGUUGAGGAGGAUUACUCGUCGAAGACUUGUUCUAGUCGUGGAAAUUUGAAGGAUGACUUGGGCUCCGCCAAAGUAUAUAGCUGUAUAAAGUGCGCUUCGGUUUUCGACAGGGACUUCAACGCAGCAAAGGACAUCAUGCUCAAGUAUAUCUGUGAGCAUUUGAUGGCAAGUGGUGAGUCUUCCAUUACCUCUGCUUCAAGUGGAGGAAAUGGUGGAUUCGCCAUGAUGGGUCCUGGCCCCUUCGUACGUUAG